AUGGAUGAACUUGAUUCUUUAUUGAAUGAGUUGCAUCAAACAAAUCAGAAAAUACUACAGAAAAAUAAAUACAGCAAUUCUUACUGUGAUUACAGCAGUUCCUUCACCAAUGUGACAGGGAGUGAUCAGCACACAGGAACAGAUAAUUCUGCUGGAAAUAAAUUUACGUUAGAGCAAGAGAAUUACAGCAAUGACCUGAAGAAUAACCAACCGAAGAAUGUUCGGGAGCUUAAUGAAAUGCUGGCCGAUCUCGAUAACUUCGACUAUGUUCAACUAAAUUAUACUCCACAGGGAUAUUCAAACUACAUUCAAAGUCAAACAAAUCAAUUGGAGGAAAGUUCUACAUGUAAUACAAAUACACCAACAAUCGUAAAUAGUCAUUCCGAUUAUGAUUUACACAGUCCACAAUCAAAUGAUGAACAUACUAUUUUAGCUGUGAAAGAGGCAUCUCGCCAAUUGGAUGAUUUAUUAUAUUCCUUAAAACAAUUUAAAGUUAGUCAUCAUCAAAGUGAUUCAGGCGCUGAACUACCGAGUAGUAUGAGCAAUUCAUUCAUUGAUAACAAUUCAUCAUCUGAUGUUCAUCAAAGAAAUUCACAAACACCUUCGAAUAAGUCAUCUACAACAUCAAGUCAUCGAAUUGAUAAUGCUAACAACAUUAAUAAUAAUAAUAAUAAUAUGGAUCAUAUGGACGGUAGUCUCAAUACUGAAAAUUACCAACUGUAUCAAAAUCAUGAUUACAAUACUUAUCAGUAUACUGACAAUGUAAGCAGUACAACACGUUUACAAAGACAACAUGCUCAACGUGUUACAGUGCCAAAAUAUGAAAAAGAUAAAAGUGUUCAACCUAGUGAACAAUGUCCAACUCACUUAUUAAAUUCAAUGCUCAAUGAUUUAUCAUCUGAAUUAUCUCAACAUGGUGCAAAAACAAAUCCACGAGGAGAAUGUUAUGCCUGUAAAAAGCCUAUAAAUGGAACACUCAUCACAGCUAUUGGUAAAGAAUGGCAUCCAGAGCACUUUACAUGUGCCAGCUGUCGUGUUGGCCUUGUUCGUCAAGAUUUUUAUGAACGGGAUGAUCAAGCCUAUUGCACACAGUGUCAUGUUCAAAUGUUCUCUCCAAAAUGUGGUUAUUGUGGGGAAGCUGUUGUUUCGAAGUGUGUUUUAGCAUUAGCACGUGCUUGGCAUCAUGAACACUUCUUUUGUUAUGAAUGUCAUUCAAAUUUCAAUGGAUUAUCACCAGUACAUGAACAAAACGGUCGACUGUAUUGCUCUAAUUGCUAUUUUACAAAAUUUGGAACUCCAUGUUCUGGUUGUCAGCAGCCGAUUACAGAUGCUUAUAUUACAGCACUGGAUAUGCCUUGGCAUAAAGACUGUUUCACUUGUCGUGAUUGCAAUAAAGUACUAACUGGAUCUAACUUUCAUGAAAUUGACGGAUAUGCUUAUUGUGAUUCACAUUAUUAUUCUAGACGUGGUUUAUUAUGCAUAGCAUGCUCAUUACCAAUAACUGGACGAUGUGUCAAUGCACUUGGUAAACGUUAUCAUCCAGAGCAUUUUAUAUGUGCUUACUGUCUAAACCCAUUACAAACAGGCACAUUUAGAGAGCAUUCAGGUAAACCUUACUGUCAUCAAUGUUUUACACAGCUAUUUGGCUGA